AUGUUGAAAGUCAUUUUUGGUAGCGCGAGGCCUUUGGGACUACUUAGGUCUUCCUUAAUACCUCGAACAUACUCCAGGACCGAUACACCUUACAGUAAUUCAAUUUUUUCAAACAUACCUUUAACUAAUAACUUGAAUAAUGGACUCUUUGGACAAAAGAGAUAUGCUACAUUAAAUCAGAUAAAAAGCGGGAAGCAUGUUAAACCUGUUAAGCCUUAUGUAUCAAAGGCACCGCAUUUACAAACCAAUCCUUUUAAAAAAGGUGUGGUAUUACGUGUGAUGAUUGUGAAACCUAAGAAACCCAAUUCAGCCCAAAGAAAAUGCUGCCGUGUAAGGUUGACAAAUGGUAAUGUCGUUUCUUGUUUGAUCCCUGGUGAGGGUCAUAACUUGCAGGAACAUCAUGUUGUACUUGUUAGAGGAGGAAGAGUUCAGGAUCUACCUGGUGUCAAGUAUAGAUUAGUCAGAGGUGCAUAUGAUUUAGCUGGUGUUGCUAACAGAUCAACCUCAAGAUCUAAAUAUGGCGUGAAGAUGCCAAAGAAGUGA